UGUCCCCUCAAUGUCACUGUCAUCACCGUCUUUCUACUUCAUACCACUGCUGAUGUUAGUGGCGAAUCUUUUUCUAUCCUUACUUCCAUAUCUUAUUUAUGUUAGUGUUACUGUUGCCGAUGGAACUAAUAUUUCUAAAAUUUCCGCAGAAAAGAUAUCAGAAGAAAGAUUUACUAUUUUAAAUGAUGAGCCGAAAAAAAGUGAAGCAUUGCUGGAGAAAUGCCCAUACAUGGAUCCAUAUCUGGACAUAUUAUCUUGGUCAGAAGUUGAUUCCAAUGUUAGCAACUGUGAUCCAACUACUCCGAAAGAGAUUGAUAUGAUAGCAAGUGAAGCAGAGAGGAAACGAUACGAAUGGGGUAUCAAGAAAUUUGCUUAUGAUGUAGUAACAAGUGAUAAAAUUGGACCACAUCGUAAAUUGUCAUCUAUUUAUCAUGAAAUGUGUAAGUCACUGCCUCGCAAUAUCAGUUUGAGCGUAAGCAUAGUCAUUAUCUAUCACAAUGAAGCACUAUCGGUAUUAAUUCGUAUGCUGAAUAGUAUUUUCGACCAUACUCCAUCCAAGCUUCUUAAAGAGAUUAUUUUAUACGAUGAUUGUAGUGAUUAUGAUACACUGCUCAUUAAUCAUGUUAUCAGCUACGGCAAUCAUGUACAAUGGCCAAUGGAAAAGAUAAUCACGCGACGAAGCGGUGAACGAUUAGGACUAAUCAAGGCCAAGGUUUACGCAUCACGUGUGGCUCGUGGUGAUGUCCUCGUAUUUUUGGACAGCCAUUGUGAAGUAACUCCAUUGUGGAUCGAACCUUUAUUGCUACCAAUUCAGGAAGAUUCCACAAGAGUUGUUCUUCCAGUCGUUGAUUUAAUUAGUGCAAAAACGUUUGAAUUCUCGAGAGCAAUGAUAACAAAGGGUGCAUUUAACUGGUAUCUCGAAUUCACGUGGAAAUAUAUUCCCUGGGAGUAUUGGGAUAUACCUGAAAACAACGUUAAGCCAUUUCAGUCAGCGACUAUGUCAGGCGGUCUGCUGGCAAUUGACCGUAAGUAUUUUCAUGCAAUGGGUGAGUAUGAUACUGGAAUGGAGACUUGGGGAGUUGAAAAUAUCGAAAUGUCUGUUCGGAUAUGGCUCUGCGGUGGAUCCAUCUUAGUGGCACCAUGCAGCCACGUUGGCCAUGUGUUUCGUACACAUCGUCCAUAUAAGAGUAAACCGGGUAUGGAUUCAAAGCUGUAUAAUUCGGUACGAACCGUUAAAGUCUGGUUCGAUGAUUAUGCUAAAUACUUCUAUGAGAAACGACCGGAUGCGAAAGAGAUAGAAGCUGGUGAUCUGAGUGAACGCAUCAAAUUGAAGGAAAAUCUGAAUUGUAAGUCAUUUCAGUGGUAUGUACAGGAAAUUGACCCGGAACUGGAGCCCAAGAAGAUACUACAUGAAGAAUUGUGAAUUUCAACUUGUAUCAUUAUGUCAAAAUUUAGGGAAGGAGUUAUUACUAUAAAUUUAUAUAUAUUAUUUGAUGCUAUGAUUGCUGAUUGAGCUAAAGUAAAUGUUCGCUGUAAUUCUCAUUGUUGUACUGGAAGAUAGAAUUAGCUAUUAUGAAUUCUUCACGGCAAACAUCGUUCAUCUAAUCUAAUGUCAAAACAGAUAUAUAUCAG